GAGAAAAGCAGGUCUAAUUUGUAGUCUUAUGUCAAAUAGUUGCAAUGUGUUUGCAAAUCGUAUUGUUUGUGCUGUUAACAGUCUGUGUUGUUAAUUCCUAUUACAAAGCCAAGCCUACACGAUGCUUAUUUCCGUGUGAAUUUAGGGAAAACAUGCCAAUCCUGCAAGAGCGUAGUAAUAUAUGGAUGAUCACUUCCUCGUCCAAUGGUACAUAUACCAACAUAUCACGGCCAAUUGGUGAACAGACAUCACCGUCUGAAUGUAUCAUGAGACAUGGGCCUUUCUUUAUACUCAAAGAAUUUGGACUAUAUUGGUGUUUCAAGUUUAUGGCACUAACUGAUACCGACUGGGUCGAAUACGACAACGGAGGAAUCGAGACUUUGUUACCAUUUUGUGAGAUGUGUGAUGGUUCCAAGUUUGCAGGACCAGGUUAUUUUUCAGCUCGAAAUCAACCGUUGAAUAGAGAUAGAUCUCGACCAAUAGGUUGCAAUUUACCGUCUAUAUGUCCAAUAACCAACAACAAACAAGUUCAUUGUUCAGAUUCUGAGCCAUUUGAUAAUGGAAGAAACUGCAAAGUACAAACUGACUGCAAAGUACAAACGUCAAUCAGGCGUUACAGGUGUAACAAACAGCGAUAUGGUAGACAUCAGCGGUAUGGUAGACAUCAGCGGUAUGGUAGACGUCAGCGAUAUGGUAGACCUAGUCGACAUAGUUACUCUGGAUACAGGGGCUAA